AUGUGUCAGAAAUGCCCGCAAGGGGAGUAUCAAGAUCAAGAAGCAAGCACUGCUUGUCGGCGCUGCGGCCCGUAUGAGACGACGCGUACGCUCGGCGCCAGCCAGCGCAGCCAUUGCGAGUGCCAAAGUGGGUCGUGGUGGCAAGAGGACGCUGGGUUCACCGGGUGUCGCCCGUGUUCCCGGGGCAUGCAGUGCCGUGGAGGUUUGGCCCUGCCAAAGCAGGGACAGGGUUUUUGGGCGGCGCAGGAGACACGAGAUGGCCGAGAGCAGUUCUCCGUAUUCCACUGCCGCGAUGAGCUGCAUUGUCCAGCAGGCAUUCCUGGAAGCUGUGCCGAAAACCGCAUCGGACGUGCCUGCGCAGCUUGUCUGCCGGGACAUCAGCCGACGGCCAAAGGCAGCUGCAAGCCGUGCGAUGGCUCCUCGCUUCUGUUUUUCCCAAUAUUCUUCGCAACGUUGGUGCUGGUACCAUUCCUGAGCACUUUUCUGUGCGGAUGCAAAUCAGUUGCAUCUGCAGAAUCAAAAUUUUCAGCCAGUUUGGCAGUCGUUGGUACAUUCGCUGCUCAGUGCGUGUACAGCAUGCAGAGCCUGCGCACGAUACAGCAGUUUGAAAUCAAGUGGCUGGAGCCUGCAAAGUCGCUGAUGGCUGUGAUGUCCUUCGCUCAACUGCGUUUUGAGAUGCUGGGCCUUCCGUGCUACAUUCCGCAAACCAAUCCAAUUGCCACAUACGUUUUGCAACUUCUGGCCUUGCCCAGUCUAGCGCUCGCUUCCCUGCUGCCUGGGGUGCUGGCUCGGUUGCUCCGACGUAAGUUCAAGUUCCGCAUCAUGUUCAAGCUCUUUGGUAUGGUGUUUGUUUCGUUCUUCACAGGCAUCACGCUGAUGUGCUUCAAGCCGCUGGAGUGCCGGGAAAAUCCCAACGGCAAGUCGACGGCUCUUGAGUACGCGCAGGUGUUGUGCUGGGAGUCGAACGACCACAUCAUGCUUGUCGUGCUUUCCAUCAUUGGCAUCCUGGCAUAUCCUGUCAGUGUCUUGGCAUGGCUUGUACAUCUCACGUGGAAUUACCCCAUCUGGCUAUUAUCAGCCAGAGGAAUAAGCACAGUGGAGAAGUACCACUUCUUAUUCGGGAAAUUUCGGCCGGAGCGAUACUAUUACUGCGUACUGCUCACAUUGGGGAAUCUGUUGGUCGGUUGCAUCCCAGCAUGUUUCUCGUCGUUGCCAGCACUUCAAGUUGGCGUGAUGAGCUUCGUGCUUUGGACUCGGAAUGCACUGCAUUGCCUGCUCUGGCCCUGGCGGGUUGAAGCGGCGAACUGGAGCGAAUUGCUUUUGCAGGGAGGUGUGGCGCUCCUGCUCAGCUUGGCCGCACCGCUGCUCAACCUUGAGGCUAGCAUCCAAGAUCGCAGCGAAUUUGUCUUGACCGUUUGCAUGUCCGUUUUGCUGUUGUUGCUGCCCUUCAGCGUCUGCCUUGCUGCGACUCUCACGCUCUUUCUUCGGGCAAGGAAGCAGAAUCGAUACACCACCUUCCUGUCCCACCACAAGGCAUCUUCGGGCAUUCUAUGCCGCUACUUGAAAAUUGUGAUGACGAAGAAUGCUCGGGUCAAAGUUUUCUAUGACUCGGAUGACCUCCUCAACUUGGGUGAUCUCUUUGAAACACUCCGGACAAGGACUGAUAGCCUGCUAGCAGUGUUAACACCGGGAUUCUUGCACAGCGUUUGGUGCAUUGGAGAGCUUACCUUGGCGUUCCACUGCAGCCUCCCGAUUUUUGCCUUGUGCUGUGAUGGCUUUAAGUUGCCAGAGUGUGAUUUGAACCAAAUUGAAUCUGGUUGGCCCGAAAACGAGAUUCAGAUGCUAGUCGCUCAUGGAGUCGGACGAGAAGAGGUUCAGGCAGCUUUGGCUUACCUCCAUCGGCUGGAGCAUUUUCAGAUUUCCCGGACAGCACCUGGCAAGCAGCAGGAAGCGGUCGCGCUUUCGAUCACGUCAGCUAUUCUGGAUAAAUCUGAAGUCAAGUCUCGAAUAGCAUUUUCGACUCCGGAGAGGACAGCUGGGGAAGUGGUGGGUAAGGCGCGUGUGCUGGUCGCUUCUAGCAUGCAAGCCGACUCGAUGUCAACUAGCCUUGUGAUCCAACAUCUGAUGCAGCACAAGCUGCAGCAGAGGGUGUGCCACGUGCAUCAGGCAGCCGAGAUCGAAGCAGCUUUCCGAGCUUCAAGCGUGGUGGUUGUUAUGGGAAAGCACAGUUUGGAGGAUGCGGACUUUUCGGACAUGCUUAUGGCAAUGCCUGGGGCCUGGAUGAGGCUCCUUGUCAACGAUGGCUCCUUCGACUUCCCAACCCAUGACUUCUACCGGCGAAUCCGGGACGGUCAGCUCCAGUUUCGCGGAAACCCGCACGACAUCAUCGCCACCUACCAGGGGCUUUGUUCAUCCUUGGCUCUCCCUUUGACACCUGCCGGCCCCAGCUGGCUGCUUGAUCGACAGGUGAGCCAGAUUUGCAGCAGGUUGGGCGAUGUUGAUUCGACAGGCGCCACCUUUGAAGACGCUCCUUCGCUUCAGCUGUCGCGAAGUGCGAGGAGCUGGGUGUGGGAGCAGGAAGCGUCGGAAGACUACGACCCUUACGUGGAACAUGCGCUGUGA